AUGGGCCCCGCAGGGUUGGCGAAGCGCGUGGGAGCCCGUCUGCUGCUGGCUUCUACGUCUGAGGUGUAUGGAGACCCCGAGGUGCUCGGGAAUGAGGAGUACUGGGGUCAUGUGAACCCCAUCGGCCCCCGGGCCUGCUAUGACGAGGGCAAACGCGUCGCUGAGACCAUGUGCUAUGCUUACCUGAAACAGGAAGGAGUGGAGGUGAGGGUGGCACGCAUCUUUAACACCUUUGGGUCCCGGAUGCACAUGAACGAUGGCCGCGUGGUCAGCAACUUCAUACUGCAGGCUCUACAGGGAGAGGCCCUCACCGUGUAUGGUAGCGGAUCCCAGACGGGGGCUUUCCAGUAUGUGAGUGAUCUAGUGAAUGGUCUGGUGUCGUUGAUGAUCAGUAACAUCAGCAGCCCAGUCAACCUGGGGAACCCAGAAGAACACACCAUAUUGGAGUUUGCUGAGCUCAUCAGGAGUCUGGUGAUGAGCCGCAGUCAGAUCCAGUUCCUUCCAGAGGGGCAGGACGACCCUCAGAGGCGACGGCCCGACAUCCGCAAAGCCAAGAUGAUGCUAGGCUGGGAACCUCUGUGGUCAGUACCGUUGGAGGAAGGCCUGAACAAGACCAUCCAGUACUUCAGCCGGGAGCUGGAGCACCAGGCUAACAACCAGUACAUCCCCAAGCCCAAGGCAGCCCGCCAGAAGAAAGGACAACCCAGACAACACAACUGA